AGCUGUCGCACGCUGCGAAUGGCCAGCGGUGAAGAAGCAGCGAUUUGUGUACGUGUGUGUUUUGUCUUUGCGACGUGGUGAUUACAGAGCCACCAAAACCGAUCCCGAACCGAACCAAUCCCCGCCAGAAUCCAGCACUUCCAUGCAGAUGCGCGUCUCGGAGCUACGAGCAGCCCUCUUGCUGCCCUUUAUCCUGAUUGGCUUGGCGAGCGGCCAGCGCGUCGCUCCCGGCGUGAAUCCGCAGCACUAUCAGGUGCCGCAGCAUGUGCCACAGCACCACCCACCGCCGCCGGCGCAGCACCACCAGCCGCAGUACCAGCAACAGGUCCACUCGGCACCCGGUGUGCCGCCCCAGCAAUACCAAUAUGAGCAGGUGCAAGUUCCUGUGCAGCAGCAGCAACAACAGCAGCAGGUCCAAUAUCAGCAAGUUCCUGUGCAACAGCAGCAGCAGCAGCAGCAACCAAUCCAGCAGCCACACCAACCGCCGCAACAAGUGCACCACCAGCAGCCGCAGCAGGUGCACCACCAGCAGCAGGUGGGUGGCCACCACCACGGGCAACCGCAGCAGGUUUUGAACACCGGAAACAUCCAGCAGGAGCGCGCUCAUAUCCAGGAGCACAUGCAAGUGCCCAUCGAUACGAGCAAGAUGUCCGAGGCUGAGCUGCAGUUCCACUACUUCAAGAUGCACGACUCGGACAACAACAACAAACUAGACGGCUGCGAGCUGAUCAAGUCGCUUAUCCACUGGCACGAGCAAGGCAGCAAGGAACAGCCUAACGGCGAGAAGCCGCACGUGGAGGAAAAGGUCUUCUCCGACGAGGAGCUGGUGGCCUUGAUUGACCCCAUCCUGCAGAUGGACGACACCUCGCGAGACGGCUACAUCGACUAUCCGGAGUUCAUCAAGGCGCAGCAGAAGGCCGCCGAGAAGCAGCAGCAGCAACAACAGCAACAACCGCAGGAGCAGCAGCAGCAGCAGCCGGUUCAUUAGUAGAUUCUAGAUCCGUUCAGUUGCAUACAUUUUAAUGUCCUUGUCCCGUGUUCUGUGACGCGCAACACAUACUCCUGUUUUCUGCCCAAAACAUCCUGAAAUUACGUCGACCUCGUCUACGGUUUUAGCGCACUUUUUUAGAUAAUUUUGAAUCAAAUUUACUUAACAUGCUGCAAGCAUUCCAUCGGAGAACUUGAUUGAACAAAUGAACUUUUUCAAAAAAUUCCCAUUUCGAAUAUUGAUUACGAAUCUCUCAAGUGGUUUGUGCAAUUCCAGCCGCAUUAUUUCGUUUUGUUUUCCAUUGUCAUUACUUUAGUUAUUUUUCGAUAUGAACUAUUUUUUAAGCGCAACUUUAGAGCAGCAGAAAAACAGACUGAUUGUGUAAAAGUUUGUUUUUGUACAAAAAAAAAAAUGAAAACUAUGCAAAAAAAAUCGAAGAAUACCCCGUGUGGAAAUCUUUUCGAAACUAAAACCUAAUUAAUAGACGCAUGCAACUCUUUGUAAGUAAAGCCGAAUUAGCGAAUAAAGUCAAACCCCAAAUCACAGCCGACCACAUCUUAACGCUCCCUCAA